CAUCUUUUUUCGCGCGCGGAGGGAUCCUCGCGCGUCUCGCCGUCAUCGGCGGCGGCGGCGGCAUCGACAUCGUCGUCAUCCGCUAUCGGUCGUGAAUUAAAAAUAACACGAUUAUUAUCGUAAUAAUAAGAACAAUUGCACGGAUUUAACCGGCGUGAUUGGUUUAUUUCCAACAAGAAGAACCAACAACGACAACAUUUGGAGUGUUAAAAUAUAUUUUGGUGGAGGUUUUUUUUUUCCUCCCUCUCUUUUGCAUCUGAGGCGAGAGGUGACAGCUGACGGAUUACGGAGGUGGGGUGGGGGCAGAUUUGCUGAUUUCAGCUAUCGGGACUGCUACAUUUGAAUGAUUUUACAUAUUUCUUAAACAACACAACAAAUCGCGAAGAGAAUAACACAAUUUCUGUUGCGGUACCCCGAAAUAAAAAUAAAAAAACACAAAUUGAGUUGUCAUUAGGAGCAGCGCUGUUGGUUUUGGUGAAGCGUUGGUGCGGUGUUAAGUUGGUUAAGCGAGAAAAGGGAAUUGUGAAGGAGGAUUUGGUUAGCGCGCGGGGUGGUGGAGGAGGAGGUGGAAGAAGAGGUGGAGGAGGAGGUGGACGAUGGGGAACAGCGGAGCCACCACGACGAGGAAAGGCAACGAGGCGGAGAGCGCGGCUGCCUCUAGCCGGCAGGAGCGCGCGCGGGAACACCAAGGCCACCGCGCACGGCGCCACGACGGAGCCAGGCCACUUUCCACCGUCGUCGUGAAGGAGUUUUUGGCCAAAGCCAAGGAAGACUUCCUGAAGAAAUGGGAAAACCCCCAACAGAACACAUCGUGCCUGGACGACUUUGAGCGGAUGAAGACGCUGGGAACGGGCUCCUUCGGGCGAGUCAUGCUCGUCAAGCACAAGGCGACGGACCGAUACUUCGCCAUGAAGAUCCUCGACAAGCAGAAGGUGGUGAAGUUAAAACAGGUGGAGCACACGCUCAACGAGAAGCGGAUCCUCCAGGCCAUUAGCUUCCCCUUCCUCGUCAGCCUCGAGUACAGCUACAAGGACAACUCUAACCUGUACAUGGUGCUGGAGUACGUGCCCGGGGGAGAGAUGUUCUCCCACCUGCGGAGGAUCGGACGCUUCAGCGAGCCCCACUCGCGGUUCUACGCGGCUCAGAUCGUGCUGGCGUUCGAGUACCUGCACUCACUCGACCUCAUCUACCGAGACCUCAAGCCAGAGAACCUUCUCAUCGACCAGCAGGGGUACAUCCAGGUCACCGACUUCGGCUUUGCCAAGCGCGUCAAGGGGAGGACCUGGACCCUGUGCGGGACCCCGGAGUACCUGGCGCCGGAGAUAAUCCUCAGUAAAGGCUACAACAAAGCCGUGGACUGGUGGGCGCUGGGCGUGCUGGUGUACGAGAUGGCGGCGGGGUACCCCCCCUUCUUCGCCGACCAGCCCAUUCAGAUCUACGAGAAAAUCGUCUCCGGGAAGGUGAGAUUCCCCUCACACUUCAGCUCAGACCUGAAGGACGUGCUGAGGAACCUGCUCCAGGUGGACCUCACCAAGCGCUUCGGAAACCUCAAGAACGGCGUCAACGACAUCAAGGGGCACAAGUGGUUCUCCACCACUGACUGGAUCGCCAUCUACCAGCGCAAGGUGGAGGCUCCCUUCAUCCCCAAGUGCAAGGGCCCCGGCGACGCCAGCAACUUCGACGACUACGAGGAGGAGGAGAUCCGCAUCUCCUCCACCGAGAAGUGCGCAAAAGAGUUUGCCGACUUCUAACGGGAGGGGCGGUGGGGGGGGGCGGUGGUGUUGACGGAGGAAGCGGGGGUGGGGCGGAGGCCGAGCCAGGACACUACUCCGGGCCUCGUCCGAGACGCCAUCCAACGCCGGCUCCCCCCUCCGGACCGCGCCGGGGGAGGCGGGCGCGCCGCUCCAGAACUUGUUCGGGCCGUGCCGGAAACCGCAGGGCCGUGCCGAGCCCCACCCUAAGCCAUGCCGGGCCGUAAUUGGGCGCCGCGAGAUGUUGCCCAUGUCGCUUGCCGCCAUGGCGUGGCGGAGCGGGCGCCCCCCCACCCCACCCCGGUAGCGGUGCAAGGAGCAUUGAGUGUGAGCGGCUGGAUUCUUAGGACGGCGUCGUCCUUGUGUGUGGGUGCGUGCGUGCGCGCUUGUGUGUUUUCUCUACCCCCCACCCCGCCCGCCCGCCCGUCCGUCCGCCCGUCGUCUGCCCCGUGGACACAGCAUCACUUUGUAGUCAGCCAAGUGAAGCAUUUUUUUUAUUGGAAACACUUUGCGCGCGGGAGGAGACGAACGUUUACGGUGACUUGCGCGUGUGCGCGCGCAAAAUGAACGCAGUACAUUUGCAAAGACUGUAAUCCUGUUUGCAAGCACAGGGUUAGCAUAGCCCCCCCCCCCACCCCCUAUCUGCAUUCGGUAGAAAUGCGAGCAUCUGACCUUCGACCUUCAGCCUGUGACCUCCUGACCCUUACACGUGCGCGCUCGUCAACUCGGCCCGGCGCGUCUUCGGCAGUCUAGUUAAGAGAGAGAGAGAGCAUCAUUUUAAAACUCGUGACAGUUGUCAAUUUUUGUUGUCGUUGUUUGUUUCCCUUUGCGAGGUCGUCCGUCGGUUCGACACCGAACCGUUAGACCUUCAUUGCCCGAAUGUCUUUUUUUUUUCCCCCCGAGAGGCCGUCGCCGAUGGGCCGCGUUGUUCGACGUCGCGAGCAUCGCGGGGAACGACAGCGCAUUCGUCGCAUCGCAGGGGAUGCGCGGUGACUCCCGUUGUCGAAUUGGGGCCCGCGCACCGCGGCAUUGCAUGGGGAGAGUCGUUGACGUCGUUGUCGACGACGUCAACGACGUUGAUGUGAUCGUCGACGUCGUCGUUAGAGUCUGGGCGGGAUGUCGAAGUCGACAAAAAGCCGAGACGGAGAAAACGUUCCUGAUGCUCGCUCGGCAAGGUUUUUGAGGAGGGUGGGUUGGGGUGGGGUGGGUUGGGGUGGGGUGGGGUGGAGUGGGGGGGGCGGGUGGGGGUGGAGGGGAGAGCACAGGUUAUUAACCCUUUCCUGUUCCGAGACGUGUGCAAGUAGUUGCAGGGUGCGGGUGUCCCGUUCACCGCUGAAUCUCGGGAAAGCGCAAGCGGGUUCGGCAUGAAUUUUAUUUCGAGAAGCGCAGCAGCGCCGUUUUUAAAGAAACGAGUCACCGCAGAGAACUGUAACUAUACGAUAGCCACGCCUCCUCCCGCGUGGCCUUGUGGGAGCCUCGGUACCGAUAAAGUUACUUUUAGUUUUUCUUCCGGUUACGUUCGGAAGAAAACACUGACGACGUACGUCACCGGAACGGGAAAGGGUUGACGUGCACAGCCAUUUCUCUGAGGUGCUCCUGGCAAAAAUGUUAAAUGACAAAACGACAAGUAAUCUCCACGAGACAACAGUGUUUCUGCGCUACAUAGGAUUCCUAGGAUCGAACACAUUCACGCUCCGCGCUUUAAUCGCCCGACGUGGGAUGCGGACUGCACGCCACUUGCAAAAAAAAAUGAAGGUGUCUGGAGUUCCUGUUUUUAACGGUUCUGCCAACAUCGGAAGGCGCGGAUUUCCCUCCCCGCUUGAUGGGGAAUGCUUUUUUGGCAGCUCAGCCACUUAAGUAUCUGAUGGGCCACUUUUUUUGCGGGGUGGGGGGGGCGGCAAAAUUGUAUUUUCAAGGGUAAAAGUGCAGAUGUUGUUGAGGCUCGUGUCGUGUGCUCACUGAAGUCCUUGAGGGUAACCACGUGGAUCAUUCCACUGCGUGGUGGGGGCGUUGAUUUUUCCUGCCCUCCCCACCACCCCGUCCCCCCCUCCCACUACCCCCCACCACCCCGCCCCCCCCUCCCACCACCCCCCUCCCACCCGCGCCCCCCUCUCGCACCAUUCCCAUCUAGUCCCCCGCUGUAUCUGAUUUUUUUUUUCCCUUCCCACUGAACAACCGAGCUGCGCCGUUGGCGAUGUUGAGCGAACCCGGCGACGCGGCUGAAGGCGGCUGCCUGGUUUUUCCACUGCGUCAGCCGAGCCGAGCCGAGCCGGUGCAUUGCGACGGACGAGUCGAGAUGCGCGACGGUGACGCAGCCGACUGAUGUCGCACGCAACAAACCGCCUGCGUUAUUCGCUCCCCGCUCCCCGCCACCGCUGCUGCUGCUGGUCCUCUCUUGGACUCGGAUCCAGACUCGGAUGUUCUUUGUGAGGACCAGCACGUCGCAGUUUGGUGGUUACGGUUCAGCACGGCAAAUAUAGGCAGUGGAAAGCCGUGUCCCCCGACUCCCACCCCCCCCCCCAGUAGCAUAAUGGCCCGGUCCUGGCUCUUGGUUCGAAUGUGCCAGUGGGAAAAAGGGGAAUUUGGGUGUCUGAGCCUUUGUUGGCAGAGGCGCAAGAUGGCUUAGUUUUGUACACAAGCAUUACGGCGGAGGCGGUGGUGCCCCGAAUCAUUACGGGCAACGGCAAGACCCGUGAAAAGAGAGAGGCCGACGGCAUUUUGUUUUACUGCCUAAACGAAGUUGAAACCAUUCGAUCCGUCGACCAAUUUUUGGGAAUUCCGGUUUGGUGCAUCCCAAGUUCUAAGCAAGGGUAAAUCCUGCAGCAGGUUUAAAUUAAAUGAGACCAUUCGUUGGCGUUGGUCAAACUUGGCCGCAGCCUGCUGACGAUGAGAAUCGGUGAAGUCAAAAACCAGCCACAGGGUUUCUGUUUUUAAAACAAAACCAGCCCUGGAAUGCGCUUAACCACGAAGUCCCCUGUUGUGGUUGAUUGAUUAUAAUGUUAAUCAACAAACUUAACCCGUUCUGUUUUAAUUAGUUUUGUACAGUUAAUUUUUUUUCGUAGAAUAUUUUCAAUUUGUUUUACUUAUUAAUUUGUUUUUUUAUGUCAUCACGUCAUACGGCCAAGCUCCUGCCAGAAGCAAGAAGAAUACUGCCGGAAGGAGAAGAAGACGAAAAAAGAAAAACACAACUCUGCCCCACGAUCUUGGGAAAAAAGGGCCCUUAUGCUGGAGAAGAGACUUCUUCCCGGGAGAGAACUUAAGCCGGGCUCGAAAGUUCCGCAGCAGGGAAGAACCACAAGAGGAAGAUGCAUUGGCGUUGGAAUUCGAUGGGCGAGAGAGUGUUUUAACCGAUUUUAACGGUGCAGUGAUAUGACAAGAAUAAUACCAAAUGCGACUAUAAAUUACCCUAUGAACUUA